GCCCCGACUGGGAUAAAGCCAGCAGGUGCCAGACCUUCCAGAAGCUCACCACUUCUCCAGUGAGGAUGUUUCCCCUACAGUUCCUCAGCCUGUUUAAUAUCGCAGUGACCACAAUCUUUGAAGAAAAAAAGAAGCAGCAAGUGGUCCAACAUGACAUCUCCAUUUAUAAAAGAGGAGAUCUACUAGAGGUCCCUCGAACUCUCUUUACACACUUUGGAAUUUAUCUGGGGAACAACCGUGUGGCUCACCUCAUUCCUGAUAUCUUGCCAGUCUUGACCACUGAACAGAAGGCCCUUGAGAAAGCGGUGACUAACAACCGGCUGAUUUUGGGUGUGAUAGCAAAAAAAGCGAGUGUCCGCGUGGACUCAGUGGAGGACUUUGCAUAUGAAGCAGAGAUUCUGGUCAACCAUAUGGACAAGGUGUGCAGUCGGCCACCGUUCACCGGAGAGGAGGUGGCUAGAAGAGCUGAGAAGCUCUUGGGCUCUGUGGCUUACAGUCUGCUGUGGUACAACUGCGAGCAUUACGUCAUGUACUGCAGAUACGGCACCAGCAUGAGCUUUCAGACCUACCAGUUCUGCAAAGCUGUGCGCAAGAUUGUGUGCAGCAAGACAAGUUCUCUUCUAAGUUUUCUGUUGUGCUUGUUCAUUAUGUUUUAUCUGGAAUCUGUGUCCAUCUUUGUAAUUUUACCCACAGUUUUCAUCCCAUCCACUAUUUGGAUGGCAUCCUGAAGCUGUGUCAAACAACUGCCUGGAGACAACAGGAUAUUUUUUG